AUGCCCCAAAUCCGCGCCGCAGAAGUCUACCUCAUCGAACAAUGGUCGAAACACACAGAACCCCCUCUCGCCCGCCGCAACAAGAUCUUCCGCGAGUUCAUAUCACUAGGCCUCCGCGGCCGAUGGAAAUAUCACGCCCUCGCCGAAGACUACUCCGUAAACAACGAAGAAAGCAAGAUCCUCUCCUAUCGAGCAUCGGAACAGUCCUCAAUAGCCUUCUGGAUCAGCGACGGUGUGGGAAGGGUGCUAUUUACCAAGCGAAAACGAAAUUUGACGGACGAUGAGAUUCAGUGGAUGACGGAGUGGAGAGAAGGCGAGCUCGUACGGGAUUUCGAGGAGUUGGAUGCUUUGCCGGAGAGGGUGUAUUCCUUGAUUGCUUUUGAUGAUCCUGAUGAUGUUGAAGAGGCUCGAGGGGAGGAGCGGGAUAAGGGUUCGUGGGUUAGCGGUGUGUAUUGGGUUGUGGACGAGGAUUUGAAGAUCAUGUGGGUUGAUGAGUUUGGGGAGACGAUUAGGGAGAAGGUCUGCCAGACUGAUGAGUUGGAGGAGGGUGCGGUGGCUUUUAGUAAGUAUAGGCCUUUUGAGAGUCGGUGGUGGACGGAGGCGACAAGGGUUGGCAAGUAUGCCACAGAAAAGUGGUGGUGA